CAAGGUGAACAACACUGCAUUCAUACGUACACCGUCGCCGAUAAGGAGCGAGGGAGGAGGGGCGCCGGCCGAGGAGGAUGGGUCUAUCAGGCGCCGUGCAGUGGUGGGAUGAGUGGCAGCUGCGCGUUCUCGUGCUGGGCAGCCUCUUCGUCCAGUACCUGCUCUUCUUCUCCUCCGUGGUGCGCAGGCGUGCUCCUCCGUCUUGGCUCAGGCUGGUAUUCUGGCUCGCCUACCUAGGCGGUGACGCUCUGGCGAUAUACGCCCUGGCCACGCUCUUCAACCGCCACAAGCAGCAGGAGCAGCUCGCCGCUGGCCUGGAGGUGCUGUGGGCGCCUGUCCUCCUCAUCCACCUCGGGGGGCAGCACCUGAUGACCGCCUACAGUAUCGAAGACAACGAGCUAUGGAGGCGACAAGCCAUCACCAUGGUGUCACAGGCAUGGUUCUCACUUUCAGUGUUAUCUCGUCGAAUUUCGAAAGUUUCAUUAAUUUUGUUACACACUGAAAUAAUUGUUAUUUUAGCGACUUUGGUAGUACACCGAAUUCAGGUAGUUUUCUAAAAAAAUCAUAAUAUUUGCUUAGUCAAACUCAAUUGAAAAUUUCAGUCUUUUGGCCGAAAAGAAAACCAAAAAUUACUGAAUUUCUGUGAAAGUGAGAACCAAGCCUGUGACUAAAGUGGCAACCGCUGAAAUAUUUCUAAAACUAUGGUCACAGGUCGUGGUCGCCCUCUACGUCUUUUGCAAGUCAUGGCCUGGCGGGCAGAAGAGGUUACUGCAGGCCGCGAUCUUGUUGUUCGUCGUCGGGAUUUUUAGAUCCAUCCAGAAGCCAUUGGCUAUGAAGAGCGCCAGUAUUAGUAACAUAGUCUCUUCUUUGUCACUAUCCCCGAGGGAGCAAAACGAGCUCGCAUGGGUCUGCGAAAAAUUAUGCUAUUGCUCAUUCCCGGGAAUUUUAUACAUAACUACAGAAGAAGAAAAAGCUAAACAGGAGGACAUCUCGCUUGAAGAAUUUGUACAAGAAGCAAUCAGGAGUUUGCCAAGUUGGCCAGUGAUCAAGACCAAGCUGAACUCAUAACAUCAUGUGAUCCGUGGGCGGUUAAUGUCUCCCAGCCGCUGGUAGACAUAUCAGCUCUAUACUCUGACCGGAUAAAAAACCUACAACAUUUUAUGGCCCUUGAUUACCAACAUGCCCAUAGUAUGUCGAGAGAACAGCUUACUGAGUUGUUUUUGUUCCUCUACACAAAACUACCUAACAUAGUGGUUUGCUUUUUCUGUUGUCAUCUUUGGCUUCCAUUCUUGACCUUAGCUUCUGCCGUCCUCUUCUCCACAUACCACAAAUAUCAUGAAUACAACGCAACAGAUGUCAAGGUAACUUACAUCUUGUUUUGGUCGACCGCGUUGCUGGAUUUCCUAUUCCUCUUCAUCAGUGUUUUCAUCAUGGAGAUGGAAACAGAAAAGGUUUCGCAACAUAACCUCUUGUCAUUUUGUGCUCGUAAGAAGCGACCCACUUUUCUUAUGAAGCUUGCCACACUUGUCUGCUACAAAGACUAUGUUAACAUGCAUUGUUAUAUAGAACAUGCACCAACAACGUCCUCACUCCAAGUUGUAGAGUUGGUUCAUGGAUAUGUUACGGAUGGUUGGAAAGGAUACAUCCAUGACGCUGCUAGCUACAAGAGAUUCAACCUCCACAGGGGGCAGUGGGCUCUAAGGCAUCAACGUCAUCUUCGGUGGAGCUUGAAUAUGCCAUUUGACAGAAGUGUCCUUCUCUGGCGCAUCGCCAUAGACAUAUGCUUUCACCACCAGAGCACAACCCCUCGCGGCAGAGAGUGCGCCGCCCGGAGCAGGGUGAUAUCGAACUACAUGACAUACUUGCUCUCCAUUCGUCCAGAAAUGCUUAUACCCGGGUCCAGGAUUGGCAUCUUCACCAUUGCAUGUGAAGAUAUCGAGCUCAUGCUAGGCGACAAUUCUGCACUGCAUGACGAAAGAGGACUUGCGCAGGGAAUUCUUUCCAGGGCGCAGCAACCUUCUUUAUUAGAUAACACCAGCAUAAUAGGAACAGCAUGCAGGCUUGCUAAAAUGUUGAUGGAGCUACAAGAUGAACUGGAGAUGUGGGAGGUGGUCCAGGGGGUAUGGGUGGAGAUGUUGUGCUACUCUGCCAGCAGGUGCAGAGGAUACUUGCACGCCAAGAACAUGAGUGAAGUUACGGAGCUUCUCACCCGUGUAUGGUUCUUCUUAAUAUCCAUGGGGAUGGAGACAUUGGCCGACAGGUUUCAGAAGUCAGAGUAUCUCGAAACCAAGGAAGAAAACGCUGAAGAAGAUGAUAAUGAUGGUGAAAACAGAGUCGUCGUGGAGCGCAAGAUUAAUAUGCCCAUCU